AUGCAUAAACCAGUGGACAGUGUUCUUGGACGACAAUUACAUUUCCAAGGCAAAAAUAGGCAACUGUUAGGAUCGGUAGUUGCAAGUGCCGGAAUACCGAACGGAAUGGCUAUGGCCUGUGCACCAUUAGUACGAUAUCACAAUAGUUCAGCUUAUACGGAUGGUACUUGUUUUGUACUGGAAAGUGACCUUACUCAAAAGGAAAUUCUGGUAUCAUGCUCACAACCAGGUUUACCCCGAACUGAUCGGCAUAAUGAAUUUGGUUCUUGUAUGGAAGGUUUUAGUGGUUAUGUUGAUGAAUCGAUGGUUAUCACUGGUUUACCGGGUGCAAAGAAGUGGACAGGUGGUGUAUUUGGACGGUACUAUCCGAAGGAUAUAUUCGCAAUGAAUCGCGAUCGUUGGACAAUGGGUGUGGAUCCAAAAUUGCACGGUGUACGAUCAAAAUUUCAAGGACAUGAUUAUCUUGGAUUUUCCGUACGACAUGGACAUUUCGGCUUUUGGUUUGAAGAUAAGGAUAAUACUACAAUUGUGGCUGGUGCUACGCGGUUUAAUCAAACAGGUGCCGUAACUUUUCUACCAUUUCGUAAUGGUCAAUCUCCAAAUUCUCAAGCAUCGCACCAUUUGACCCUUACCGAAGAUAGUUAUAUGCUUCAAGGUUCACAACUUGGCUCAGCGUUUGGUUAUGCAAUCGAAGUUACCGAUCUGAACAAUGAUGGGUUUGAUGAUUUAUUAAUUGGAGCACCAUUUGAAUAUUCAGAAACAAUUGAUGGUUCAUUUGGUGGUACUGUAUACAUAUAUUACUCAUCCGGAAUUCAUCGUGCACGUCAUGAAAACGAAAAUGUUUUCCUGCAGCCAAUUAAAAUUCGCGGUAAAGGAAUUUACUCGCAAUUUGGUGUGGCAAUAACACGUCUGGGAAACGUGGACGGUGACAAUAAUAAUUACAAUGAUUUUGCUAUUGGUGCACCGUUUACUGAUAAUGGAAAAGGUGCAGUCUAUAUUUAUCUCGGUGCCGAAUCACCGGACACCUUUAAACUUGAACCUGUACAGGUGAUAACAGCUGAUGAAUUACCGCAGCAGCAUUUUCAUAUGAAAUCGUUGAAAACUUUUGGAUUCUCAUUAUCGGGUGGAUCGGAUCUGGACGGUAACGGUUACAAUGAUUUGGUUGUUGGAGCUUUUGCAUCUGAUACAGUCACUGUACUUCGUGCCAGACCAGUAAUUUACAUUAACGCUCGACAUCUUAAUAGUGAGAUGAAAAUCGACAUUGAUGGUGAUUCGACUUGUUUCAGAACCGCUCAAACAUGGCACGUCAUAGCAAUAAGUUCAGGAGUGGGAACACGAGCACGUAUUCUUGAAUCACGUAAAGAGAAUUAUACGUGGAACUGUGGACGAGGUGCUAAUCAAAAACCACAAAUAAAGAACCAUAAACUUUUUAUUACGAAUACAAAUAGCGAUUGGAUAAAUCCAAUAAAAUUGCGAUUUUCUGUGCGAUUACGAAAUGAAGCUAUUCCACAAAUGCCGCAGAAUGGUGGCAAAAUCGUUGAUAUGAAUUUAUAUCCUGUUUUAAAUAAAUAUGGAUCCGAGGAUACUUUCGUCAUACAUUUCAAUCGAAAAUGCGGUAUUGACAAUGUCUGUACAAGCGAUUUGCAACUGCGAGCUGUUCUACCGGGAAUAUCCCAAGAAGAGGAUGAAAUGUAUGUCACACAGGUAGGCGAAAAGGCAGCCAUUGAUAUAUCAUUCGUGGUAAAAAAUAAUGGUGAAAGGGCCUAUGAGGCUACACUAUUCGUGGAGUACAAUUCGGAUGAAUUAGACAUUCCAAUUUUAAACAAAAAAGAUAGCCCUGUCAAUAUCGAUGAUUUCAAAGGUAAUCUUGCAAUCAUAUCGCUUGGAAAUCCGAUGGAACCAAAUAAACAGUUGAAAUUUGAGCUUAGCUUUCGAAUAGCACGUGGACGUACGGAAGGUUUGGGUAAACCUUUGGAAUUUCGAGCAUUUGUUAAUAGCACGAGUGAUGAGAAGAAUUUGGAUGAUAAUUUCUGGAAAGCUGUCGUACGCAUUAUCAAACGAGCUGAAUUGGAACUUAAUGCUGUUUCUGAUCCUGCCAUUGUUAGAUAUGGCGGCGAAAUGAAAGGUGAGUCAGAGAUGGAAUUUGAUGCAGAUAUUGGCCCACUUGUUGUGCACAAAUAUACUGUUACAAAUAAAGGACCAUGGUCAGUGUCAAAUGUCACCCUUCAGGUUGAUUGGCCUUAUCAGGUGGCAAGUGUUUUCACGACAGGUAAAUGGGCAUUAUAUCUUAUGGAAGCACCAACAAUGCAACUAACUAAUACCGAUAACAGUAAAGAUGUCAAGCAAUGCACGAUGGUUUUACCACAUGAAUGGAUCAAUCCGCUACAAUUGAAAUUUCUUAUGGAAACUGAAAAUGAGCAUUACUAUGAGGAAGAGAAUAUUCGUGAUGACGAUAUACAUCAAGAAAACCUUGAUGAUGAUGAUAUCGAUGGCCUGAAUCGAGUUAAGGUAAAUUCAGCUCAUGAUCUACUAAGUCUGGAUUAUGAUCUACCAAAUCUGGAUCAUGAUCUACUAGGGUAUCGUGAAAAGAGACCAUCUCGAGAAUUGCGAAUAAAAUCGACAAAAAUUCGCGAAAAAUCAGGUGAAGAAGUUGAAAUCGUCAAAGUGAAUUGUGUUGAUAAAACAGCGAAGUGCUUCACUGUUAUAUGUCAUUUCGAUUUCCUGGAUGUUGAUGCUGCGGCUGUGAUAGAUUUCCGAUCCCGAUUAUGGAAUGCUACUUUUGUUGAAGAUUAUUAUGACAUAGCAUAUGUUGAAAUUUUAUCAUCUGGUCGUUUAAUUUUGGAUCAAGCGCAAGGGAUUGAAGAAAGAAAUACGCAAAACAAUUUUGCAUCCGCAUCGACGCACGCAUAUCCGGAUCGACCAGCCAUAUUGGAAACGGCACCGGUUCCGUGGUGGGUAAUUGCUGCGGCUGCUCUUCUAGGCCUCAUAAUUUUGUUCAUUUUAAUACUCAUUUUCUGGAAAUGUGGAUUCUUCAAACGAAAUCGCCCACAUCACCCAACACUCUACCAAGCGGAAUAUCAAUUCCGACGAGAGGAAACGACUGAAGCAUAG